AUGAAAGAGCACAUUUCCAAUGCCAAUUUCCCUAGAGAUGAAGAAGACAGAGUAUACCACAUUGGCGUGAAGCUUGGUGAUGUUGCUAACCGUGUUCUCACUGUGGGUGAUCAUGUUCGCGCAAGAAAAAUUGCCAAGCUGCUAGACUCUGAAGAAGAAACUGGACAUCCCAUCUUUGAAAGAACCAGCCAACGUGGCUUUCUCACCAUUACGGGAAGAUAUAAAGGUGUUCCUGUAUCCAUCAUGGCAAUGUAA